AUGCCCAUCGAUCUACUCACCACUUUUAGCCGGGUUCCUCGCAUCCGGAGUUUGCCUACCUUCUCCAAUCACGCAUGGUCUCCAGCGAUCCAACACGAUCUAUAUGCAAGUAAGAUCCAGUUCAGCCUGCGGUCGAAUGUGCGCCAACGCGCAUUUCUGACCCUGUCCGCCUCCCCGAGAAGAAUCGUUAGGAAUUCUACUUUGCUACAAUACCCCUUGCAGGCCAACUCGUUUUCCUUGACCGCGUAUCGUCCUCUCAGCCAGACCAAUGCAAAUAUGAAGCCCUCAACUUCGGCUCCAGGUUCUUUAAACAAAGCUGUGGUGGCGUUUGGUAGUAAUCUAGGGGAUCGGCUUGCCAACAUCGAAGCCGGACUCUUUAAGAUGAGGGAAAAUGACCUCCGGGUUCUCAAGCUGAGCUCCCUCUACGAGACCAAGCCCAUGUACUACGAUGAUCAAGACACCUUUCUGAAUGGCGUAUGUCAGAUCGAGACCAGUCUUGAACCGCUACAGUUGUUGGAUGUCUUGCAAGCAAUCGAGAAUGACCUGGGCCGGAAACGCUUGAUUGAUAAAGGACCUAGGACACUUGACCUUGAUAUCAUCCUCUAUAACCACGACUAUUUCAAGCACCCCCGUCUCAAUAUUCCGCAUAUGCUGAUGCUAGAAAGGGAAUUCGUUCUCAGGCCUCUCGCAGAUAUACUCCCCCACGAGCAUCUUCCCGCGGACUUCUCACCAACUGCUCCAUAUCGCCAAAUAAGUCAACUAUUGGAGGGUCUUGCAGAGAGAGAUACUACUAUGUCCCCAGUCACUGUUCUAAGGCCACAAAUGCCCCUCGUCCGCACUCACGAUGUCACUCGCAAGACUCAUGUUAUGGCCAUUUUGAACCUGACCCCAGACUCUUUCUCCGACGGAGGAGUGCACGCGGCCAAAGGUGCUGAAUCAAUAAAAACAACCGUUGCGAGUUUCAUUGCCGCAGGGGCCAGCAUCAUUGACGUUGGUGGACAAAGCACUCGCCCCAAAGCUGACUACCUUGGACCUCAGGAAGAGGUCGAGCGCAUCCUUCCCAUUGUCCGGGUUAUCAGAGAGAUGAAGGAAGCGGAAAAUGUCGCCAUCAGCAUCGACACUUUUCACUCCGACGUAGCCCGGCAGACCAUUCUUGCUGGUGCAGACAUCAUCAAUGACGUCUCGGCAGGGCUAUUAGACCCUCAAAUGCUGUCGACUGUGGCCGAGUUGGGAAAGACUAUCGUCCUUAUGCAUAUGAGAGGAGAUCCACACACAAUGACAAAACUUACCGAUUAUCCGGAUGGGGUCACCAAUGGAGUAGCCCGAGAACUUUGCGAGCGUCUUCAGGCUGCUCUUGCCGCCGGGAUUCCUCCUUGGCGGAUCAUCCUCGAUCCGGGCUUGGGCUUCGCAAAGGACCAGGAACAGAAUCUCGAACUCCUAAGGAGUCUCCAGCAACUGCGAGAGCAAGCAGAAUAUGCUCCUACGUUCAGGAAUUUCCCUUGGCUUAUGGGUCCAAGCCGCAAGGGGUUCGUCGGUAGUGUCACCGGCGUGGCGGAGGCUUCCGGGCGGAGCUAUGGUACUGCAGCCGCUGUCACGGCCAGCAUCGAGGGCGGCGCAGAUAUUGUGCGGAUACACGAUGUUCGCGAAAUGGUUCAGGUCACCAAGAUGGCAGACGCGAUUUAUCGACGCCCCUGA